UCCUGCACUUCUGCUAGCUUCAUGGUUUGCAUAACAGCUGUAUUUUCAAGAGCCAUCUGGUAUUUUCUGUUUAUUUGCCUACCAGUUUUUAAUACUCAUGUUGUGUCAAGAUCUUAUCAUAAAUCAUCUUUGUUAUUCAGUAAUCCAAAGGUUGCAAUCAGCAAAUUUGACUCGAGCACAUUCUUGCCAUAUGAGAAACUUAGCAAGAAUCUUGACAUUAUUAGAAAUAGGUUGGGAAGACCCCUGACGCUUGCUGAAAAGAUCUUGUACUCUCAUCUAGAUGAACCUACUUCUCAAGAUAUUGAACGGGGUAAAAGCUACUUGCGUUUGAGACCUGACAGAGUAACAAUGCAAGAUGCUACAGCCCAGAUGGCUAUGCUUCAAUUCAUCUCAAGUGGUCUCAAAAAGGUUGCUGUUCCAUCCACAAUCCAUUGUGAUCAUUUUGUUGAAGCCCAGACUUCUGCAGACAAUGAUUUAAUCCGAGCUAAGGAAAUCAAUAAAGAAGUCUAUUCUUUUUUGGAGACUGCUGCUGCUAAAUAUGGAGUAGGAUUUUGGAAACCAGGCAGUGGUAUUAUGCAUCAGAUAGCACUUGAAAACUAUGUUUUUCCUGGUGCUUUAAUUAUCGGUACUGAUAGCCACACAACAAAUGGAGGUGGUUUGGGUGGUGUAUGUAUUGGGGUAGGCGGUGCUGAUGCUGUUGAUGUCAUGGCUGAUCUUCCCUGGGAAAUAAAGUGCCCAAAAUUUAUUGGUGUGAAGCUCACUGGAAAAUUAAGUGGAUGGACUUCUCCAAAAGAUGUUAUUUUAAAAGUUGCUGGUAUUUUAACAGUUAAAGGUGGUACAGGCUCAAUUUUGGAGUAUUUUGGGCCUGGUGUGGAUUCAAUAUCUUGUACAGGAAUGGGAACAAUUUGUAAUAUGGGUGCAGAAAUUGGUGCUACUACAUCAAUAUUUCCUUAUAAUAAACGAAUGGCUGACUUUUUGGUAGCUACAAGAAGACAAGAAAUUGCUGAAUUAGCCAAUGGAUUUGAAAACCUGCUUACUGCUGAUUCUGACUGUGAAUAUGACAGUGUAAUUGAACUUAAUUUAAGUGAACUUGAACCUUAUAUAAACGGACCUUUUACUCCUGACCUUGCUCACACAAUAUCUGAUUUGGGAAAGCAAGCCAAAGAAAAUGGAUGGCCAUUAGAUAUUAGAGUAGGAUUGAUUGGUAGUUGUACCAACAGCAGUUAUCAAGAUAUGUCGCGAGCGGCUUCUCUAGCUAAACAGGCCCUUGAUCAUGGACUAAAAGCUAGAUCAAAAUUUAUGCUUUCGCCUGGUUCAGAACAAAUUAGAGCUACUAUUGAAAGAGAUGGACAAGCUCAAACAUUCAGAGAUUUUGGUGCAGUUAUGUUGGCUAAUGCCUGUGGACCUUGUAUUGGCCAGUGGGACAGACAAGAUGUUCAAAAAGGAGAAAAGAAUACUAUUGUAUCGUCUUAUAAUCGAAAUUUUACUGGGCGGAAUGAUGCAAAUCCAGCUACUCAUGCCUUUGUCACAUCGCCGGAACUUGUUGUUGCCUUAUCUUGUGCUGGAUCAUUAGAUUUCAACCCUCUUACUGAUGAACUGACAGAUUCUAAAGGUGGUAAAUUUAAGCUAAAAGAGCCAUCAGGCGAGGAACUUCCGCCUCAGGGCUUUGACCCUGGUAAGGAUGCUUACCAAGCUCCUCCUGCUGAAAGUUCAGCUAUUGAUGUGGUUGUGAGUUCUGACAGUCAAAGACUGCAACUCUUACAGCCAUUUGACAAGUGGGAUGGAAAAGACCUGAUUGACAUGCAUGUGUUAAUAAAGAUAAAAGGAAAAUGUACCACCGAUCAUAUAAGUGCUGCAGGACCAUGGUUAAAAUACAGAGGACAUUUGGACAACAUAUCUAAUAAUAUGUUUAUAGGAGCUAUCAAUUCCGAAAAUGGUGAAGCAAAUAAUGUUAAGAACCAACUGACAGGAGAAUGGGGAACAGUGCCUGACACUGCGAGAUAUUACAAGGCUAAAGGAGUCAAAUGGAUUGCUGUGGGAGAUGAAAACUACGGUGAAGGGAGCAGCAGAGAACAUGCAGCACUUGAACCGAGACAUCUUGGUGGCUGUGCAAUCAUUGUGAAAAGUUUUGCAAGAAUUCAUGAAACUAAUCUUAAAAAACAAGGUCUGUUGCCCUUGGUGUUCCAAAAUCCAAAAGACUAUGAAAAAAUUCAUCCAUCUGACAAAAUAUCCUUGUUAAAUUUGCAGAAUUUAGCUCCAGAAAAGCCUGUCACUUGUGAAAUCAAACAUGAAGAUGGGACCAUUGAAACAAUAUUACUUAAUCAUACCAUGAAUGAGCCACAAAUUGAAUGGUUCAAAGCUGGAAGUGCUUUAAACAGAAUGGCGGAACUGAAAUCUUGAUCAACUAUUUUUUCUGAAUGUAGUUCACUGAGAUUGUCAAUAAAAGUUUUGAUUUCUUUACC